GAUCUACUAUGUGAGUAUUUGAAGAAUGGAUGAAUUUUAUGCAUGGAGCGAUAAAAGAAGAGUUUGAGUUGGAACAAGGAUUAUCAGCAAGCAUCUCUCGACGACUAUGGAAUUUUGUUUGUGAUGUUUGCCCUCUGGCUUUCUCAAGAAAUUUGAUCUUCAUUAACUUCAUACGUGUAAGCGAUACAGAGAAGCAGAAAGAAAGGGGGAUAGAAAUAUCGACGAAUUUCGCAUUCAUAUGUCAGGUAGAACAGAAUAUUCACGGAGCAUUGAAAUUAACGAAACAAAUGGAAUACGUAUUUUCAAACAAAAGGAAUUCUAUUCGUCAUCCCUUGCCACCUCUUGCACGAUCAACUGUACCUCUGGAACACCUUGUGGAUCAUGGAAUCGUGGCGGUAGAAUAAAAAUUGGUCAAAUAUGAUUGAAUGUGGCUGUGGAAAAUAUAUCCCUAGGAAGAAAGCUCUUCUGGAUUCAGACGAAUAUGAGAUGGAAAACAUCUUCAGAUCAAGCAGAUCGUGCGCGAAUGAGCGGCAUUCGCAACAUGCAGAAAUUACUCCACGC